CGCUGCCGGCUGGAGGAGCGGUAGCAGCGGGAGAGAGCGCAGCCCGCGGUAAACUGCUCCGCUGUCCGUUGGCGCUCUUCCCGCGGAGGUAGGGGACCUGCUGCGGGGUGAUGGAGAAGCAUGGGUACCCCUCCUAUAGCGCCCGCAGCCCCGCCUGGGAGGAACUGGAGUCCGGGAAGAUGGCCGGGGCCGAGUCGGGGAUGAGCGGCGCUGGGAUCCCGCAACAGCCCCAGCCCCAGCCCCCGGCGGCGGUGGCGGGGCCGGCGGACGAGUCGUCGGACAGCGAAGGGGAGCACGAGGGCCCCCAGAAACUCAUCCGGAAAGUGUCCACCUCGGGCCAGAUCCGCAGCAAGACCAGUAUCAAGGAAGGAUUACUACUGAAGCAAACCAGUUCUUUUCAGAGGUGGAAAAAGCGUUAUUUCAAGCUUCGAGGCCGUACCCUGUACUAUGCGAAGGAUUCCAAGUCUCUCAUAUUUGACGAAGUUGACCUGUCAGAUGCCAGCGUAGCUGAAUCGAGCACAAAGAAUGUCAACAACAGCUUCACGAUAAUCACUCCAUUUAGGAGACUAAUAUUGUGUGCUGAGAACAGAAAAGAAAUGGAGGACUGGAUAAGCUCUCUGAAGUCCGUUCAGUCCAGGGAACACUAUGAGACCGCACAGUUUAAUGUGGAACAUUUCUCAGGGAUGCAUAACUGGUACGCCUGCUCCCAUGCCCGACCUACCUUCUGUAACGUGUGUAGAGAGAGCCUCUCUGGAGUCACUUCUCAUGGCCUGUCUUGUGAAGUGUGUAAGUUUAAAGCACAUAAAAGAUGUGCUGUCCGAGCGACGAAUAACUGCAAGUGGACUACCUUAGCCUCAAUUGGAAAAGAUAUCAUUGAAGAUGAAGAUGGUAUAGCUAUGCCCCACCAGUGGUUAGAGGGUAAUCUGCCUGUCAGUGCCAAAUGCGCAGUCUGCGACAAGACUUGUGGCAGUGUUUUACGCCUGCAAGAUUGGAAGUGCCUUUGGUGUAAAGCUAUGGUUCACACUGCCUGUAAAGAUCAAUAUCCUCGUAAAUGUCCACUUGGCCAGUGUAAGGUAUCCAUCAUACCUCCAACAGCACUAAACAGUAUAGACUCUGAUGGUUUCUGGAAAGCCACAUGCCCGCCAUCCUGUGCCAGUCCUCUCUUAGUUUUUGUUAACUCCAAGAGUGGAGACAAUCAGGGAGUAAAGUUCCUUCGUCGAUUCAAACAGUCGCUAAAUCCAGCUCAGGUGUUCGAUUUAAUGAAUGGAGGACCUCACUUAGGUUUGCGGUUGUUUCAGAAGUUUGACAACUUCAGGAUUCUGGUGUGUGGCGGCGAUGGAAGUGUGGGUUGGGUCUUAUCAGAAAUUGAUAAGCUCAGCUUGCACAAACAGUGUCAGUUAGGAGUGUUACCCCUCGGUACUGGAAAUGACCUUGCUCGUGUCCUUGGCUGGGGAGGAUCCUGUGACGAUGACACACAGCUUCCUCAGAUUUUGGAGAAACUAGAACGAGCCAGCACAAAAAUGCUAGACAGGUGGAGUAUCAUGUCAUAUGAGCUGAAACUGCCAGCGAAGCCUUCUAUUCUUCCAGUGACUGCAGAAGAGGUGGAGGAAUGCCAGAUAUCUGCUUACGAGGAUUCAGUUGCUGCUCAUCUUGCAAAAAUUCUCAAUUCUGAUCAGCACUCCGUUGUCAUAUCAUCUGCCAAAAUAUUGUGUGAAACUGUAAAGGACUUUGUGGCUAAAAUAGGGAAGACUUACGAGAAACCAAUGGAAAAUGCAGAGGAAGCUGAUGCCAUGGCCAUUAAAUGCUCUGAGUUAAAUGAGAAGCUUGACCUAUUGCUCCAGGCUCUUCACACAGAAGCCCAGGCUGCUCCCAUUCUCCCAGGCAUCAAUCCCCCCAUUGUGGAAGAAGAAGCAGAGGAGUUUUCAAGUGAAGAAUCCUUGUCUGAAAGUAAAGAGCAAUUAGCAGAGUGUGUCUCCAAGUCUUCCACCCAGAAACUCUUCAAACCGAGGGAACAGUUAAUGCUCCGGGCAAACAGCUUGAAGAAGGCUGUGAGGCAGAUCAUUGAACAGGCAGAGAAAGUUGUGGAUGAGCAGAAUGCUCAUAGUGAAGAGCAGGUGGACCAGUCUCCACUAGAAUAUAGCAAAGAAUUGGAUGAAUCAAAGGAAGAUGAAAAAGAGGAAGACACAAAGGAACUCGAGUCCUCAUCAAUUAAAACUGCACCAAGGUCUCCAGAUCGACGUAUAAGCCGAGGUAUCCAUUCUCAGACAGGAUCUUUCUCUGCUCCAGCUUUAGCUGCAAGCAAGGAAAACCUCCCAGUGCUUAACACUAGGAUUAUCUGCCCAGGUUUGAGGGCUGGUCUAGCUGCUUCUAUUGCAGGAAGUUCAAUUAUUAGCAAAAUGUUGCUCGCCAACAUUGAUCCGUUUGGUGCUACGCCCUUCAUUGAUCCUGAUCCAGAUUCCCUGGAGGGGUAUUCAGAAAAAUGUGUCAUGAACAACUACUUUGGAAUUGGGUUAGAUGCAAAAAUUUCCCUAGAAUUUAACAACAAGCGAGAAGAGCACCCUGAGAAGUGCAGAAGUCGGACGAAAAACAUGAUGUGGUAUGGAGUUCUUGGCACAAAAGAGCUACUGCAGAGAACUUACAAGAACUUAGAGCAAAAAGUUCAGCUUGAGUGUGAUGGACAGUACAUCCCUCUUCCAAGCCUGCAGGGCAUAGCUGUGCUAAACAUUCCCAGCUAUGCUGGUGGGACUAAUUUCUGGGGUGGAACCAAAGAAGACGAUAUAUUUGGGGCUCCAUCAUUUGAUGAUAAAAUCUUAGAAGUUGUUGCAGUGUUUGGCAGCAUGCAGAUGGCAGUUUCAAGAGUCAUCAAACUCCAGCACCACAGAAUAGCUCAGUGUCGGUCGGUGAAGAUCACCAUACUUGGUGAUGAAGGGGUUCCAGUGCAAGUGGAUGGAGAGGCAUGGAUCCAGCCCCCAGGAGUUAUUAAGAUCAUACAUAAAAACAGAGCUCAGAUGCUAACACGAGACAGAGCCUUUGAAAACACCUUGAAGUCUUGGGAAGACAAACAGAAGUUUGAUUCCUGUAAACCUGUCAUUCGAUCUCCCUUGUACCCUCAGCAGGCUGUUGAUUUGGCUACAGAAGAAGAAGUUGCACAGAUCCAGCUGUGCUCACAAGCUGCAGAAGAACUUAUUACCAGGAUCUGUGAAGCAGCAAAAGUACAUGGCCUCUUGGAGCAGGAGCUUGCUCAUGCUGUCAAUGCAUGUUCACAUGCAUUAAAUAAAGCCAACCCAAGGUUUCCUGAGAGCCUUACCAGAAACACUGCCAUGGAGAUAGCUGUCAAUGUGAAGGCCCUACAUAAUGAAACAGAAUCUCUGCUAGUAGGAAGAGUUCCUUUGCAGUUAGAGUCCCCUCAUGAGGAGCUGUUGUCUGAUGCUUUGCACAGCGUGGAAACAGAGUUGAGAAAACUUGCUGAGAUCCCGUGGCUUUAUUAUGUUUUUCAACCAAACGACGAUGAGGACCCCCCUCUGGAUUAUGCUAAAAGAAACAACAGAAGCACAGUCUUUCGCAUAGUGCCAAAGUUUAAAAAAGAGAAAGUUCAGAAGCAUAAGAGCAGCCCUCAGCCUGUUCAAAAAUGGGGCACAGAUGAAGUUGCUGCUUGGCUGGAUCUGCUCAGUUUGGGAGAGUACAAAGAAAUCUUCAUCAGCCAUGACAUCCGAGGCUCUGAGCUUUUACACCUGGAAAGGCGAGAUCUUAAGGACCUGGGGAUAACGAAAGUGGGUCAUAUGAAGCGAAUUCUCCAGGGAAUUAAAGAGCUUGGCAAAAACACCCCUUUGUCCGAAGUGUAAUUAUGCUAGCGCUCUCCCUUAGAGAGAGAUGAGGAAGUUGCUGGAGAAGCAAAGCUGUUGCAGGCACUUUGCUGUCUGUGUGGUUUACUCAAUGGAAGAACAAGCACCAGUGUUUGUACAGGCUACUAUCUGUGGAUUCUGGUAUGGUGAAGAGCUCGCUACAAGAGUGCAGAAGGAUUUGUGCCAAAAAGAAAGGUGGUAUGUUCUGCGAAGAUGCUGUGUUGGUGUGCAAACUUGGCCAGUUCAGAGAAGCACAUUGUGGUCAGUGGGAUUGGUUUAUGGUGAACUGCAGUGACUGGAAAAUAUGCUCAAGAAAUGAUUGCUUCGCUUACAUACAGCUCAGUAUGCCUCUCUUUAUGCUGCAGCAAGAUACCACUGUACAGCAUGAGGUUGUCCAGUUAUCCUUCCAAGGCAUAGCUCCAUAAAACCUCCUGUGCAGGAGACCAAGAGGUUUUUGAGGUUCAAGACACAAGCCUAACAGUGCUGCAGGUACCCAGCACUCGCUGGCCACGCAGAAAAGGGGAGAGAUAUCUUGAGAUACCAUGAAUGCAAACUAUAAUGCAUGGUGUGCCUGCCUGAAUCGUCUGUUGUUCUGUUGCAUGACACAUCUGAUACUUUAAACACUUGAACAACUUUUAUAUGGGUUUGAAUGGGAUUUAAUUUAUUACUACUUGAGUGUCUUUUAUUUUUCUCCUCCAGUUUCAGGCACUUUUCUAUUCUUCAGUGUUGUAUUAUGCCUAAAAUGUGUUCUUGCAGCAAAGGACGUGUGGGUAUGGAAAUUUAGCCUUUGUGCCAUAUUCAGCAGAUUAUAUGCAGUCUACUGGACUGAAACACUGUACAGUUAGAUUUUGAACUAUACCAUGUACAGAAGGUGUAUCAGGUAACUAACUUAAGAGUAUUUUUGAAAGACUGGUACCUCACAAAAAUAUCAAUUGGCUUCCUGCAUGCAAAAUCACAGAGGAUUUCUCGUGGUGCAUUUGCAAGUAGCUCUUGAGUUAUCUUAAACAUCUGUAGCAUAUCUGAACUU